AUGCUCGACAAUAUUGAGGAUGUGGCGGGCGAUGGUUUGCCGCUUGAGAGUCACCUCAAGGGUGUUCCCCUGAUCCUGGGUCCUAGGCGGCUGCGAUCACCGAUCCUGACCAUGGGACAUUUAGGCACACAUGUGGUGUGGUCCAUCUUGAAUGCAAGGGCCACAUUGUUUCUACAGCGACUUGGCAUAUACAAAAGCUUUGUUGCGAUCAUUUUGAUGGCUGGUCCAUUGAGUGGUUUAAUAGUACAGCCCACUGUGGGGGUGCUCUCCGAUCAUUGCACAAGUUCAUGGGGCCGGCGACGACCGUAUGUAUUCAUCGGAUUGGUUUUUUGUUGCUUUUCGCUUGUGUGCUUAGCCGCUGCAAGCUCCAUGUCCUAUCAAGAAGAGGGCGCACGAUUUCGUCCCUUUACCGCGCUCAUCGGCAUUCUAGGCAUCAUGGGCAUUGAUAUUUCUGUCAACACGCUCUCUGCUGCACAUAGAGCUCUUACCAUGGACGUGCUUGGGCCUGAAGAGCAGGAUAUGGCAAGUGCCUGGUCUACGCGAUACGGUAAUGCGGGAUCAUUGAUCGGUUACAUGCUUGGGUUGCUGGACUUGCCCAAGAUCUUUGGCUUUAUGGGCCUAACGGACCAUCUAGCCCUUCUUUGCAUAUGCGCUAUUGUUUUUGUAUUAAUCACACAUGCCUCACUGUUUUUUCUUCUUCGAGAAUCGGUGUUACUGAGACUCAACCGUCCACGGACACUGGCACAGUCCAUCACCAAUAUUCCUGUGGAUCUGUACCGCUGUGGUAGGACACUGCCUCCUGCUCUCUGGGAUCUGCUGGUAAUCCAGUUUUUUUCAUGGCUUGCUUGGUUCCCAGUCUUAUACUAUGCCGCGACAUGGGUGGCCGAGAUUUUCAGCUUGGCCCAUGGGCACUCCGCCAAGGAAGCCUCUGCUAAAACAAAGCUGGGAGAAGAGGCCCGUCGUGUGGGAAGCAAAGCCCUGUUUUAUUAUGCCCUAACUGGACUAGUGGCAUCGAUCGUGCUACCAUGGUGCGUUUAUGAACCAAUGACUGCAAGGAGUUUAGCACAUACCCGCUACGAGUCUGCGCCGCAGAACGAUACCGAACUAAACGAUUUGCACGGCACAGAACGACCUGAAAAUAUGGGAGAUGAUGAGGGUGAUGAUAAUUGGAAUCAUCCUACAGCGGGCUCUAUCACGAAUGCCCCCCGACAACCGUGGUGGCGGCGAAUCCGACAUGGCCUCACGCUGGCUGAGAUUUGGUUUUUGUCGCAGGUCAUGUUUGUUUUCACGAUUAUGCUUUUCACAUGUCCCGUGUUCGGCAGCAAAAGUAUCACAGGUGCCAUUGUACUCGUCAGCGUGCUUGGUAUUUUGUGGUCUGUAACUAUGUGGGUACCGUACGCGCUGCUCGGUAUACUUGUUAUUUCGAAUAAAUCUACGACCAUCGGAUUGCAGCGGGCCACGAUUGAUUUGCGAUCAGAAACGGGUACUGUCACUGGUUUACACAAUUGGGCCAUUGUGCUGCCACAACUGGUGACGUCUAUGCUGUCCUCCCUUGUGUUUCUAUUGCCCAGCCUGCUGUUCGAUCCAUCGACGGCCGAGUCGCUCGACAGCACGGGCCUCCUGUUGCGCGUUGGCAGUCUGUGCACGCUCUAUGCCGCCACGUGCACGUUUCGAUGGAUUCGGACGCACGAUGCGGCCAUAUGCAGGUGA